ACUAUAAAAUAAAAUAUGGCGAAGAUUUGAUGACUGGACGUAUAAUGUACGAUCUAGCUUAACAGUCAGUUGUUUUUUGCUGACAUAGCGUCGAGAUAAACGAACUUCCGAUAAUAUGCCUGUCAUGCGAUCUUCAACGUAAACUGUACCGAAACGUAAAUUGGCAAAAGUAAUUAUUUCUAUAAAUGUUAACCUUGUCGACGAGAACAAAAUUUCAUUCUACGUAGAAGUAAAUUUAAAUUUUAAGUGAGGUCGGUGAUGCCAUUAAUUUUCAAAUGGGGUUAAAUAUUCUCAAAGAUGUGGGGGUAAGCGAUAAAAUACUCGCAAAGUAUCAUGUUACUUAUGAAAUGACAUUCCUCCUGGAAAUAUUUGUGUUUAAUACAUAUUAGUAAGGCCAGUGAAUUGUCAUCUAAAAUUGCUAUCAAGUCCCCCCUCCCCCCUUUUUAUAUGCAAUAGGAAUUAGGGGUGUUAUGCCAUUGAAGAAACCUCGAUACAACAUGUAUAUUUUCGAAGGAGAUUACAGGCGUAAACCCCAACAAAAUUUAGCUGGUGCAAGCAGGAGGAACGAUCGAUCAGAGAAAUCAGUUCUCUUGCAGCAUGUGCAAUUUGAACGUUCAAAGCGAGAGCAGCAGCGUAGAAGACACAAUGCAGUAUUAAAAAUUCAGGCAGUUGUACGUGGCUUUGUUGUUAGAAAACAUGUAAGAAUGAUCGUGAGGAAGGAAUUUGACGAGGAACAACUAAUAACUGGUCGUAGAAACUUGAAUUUAGAUGACCUAGCAAUAUAUUUUCGAAAAUUAUUAUUCUUUUACGACUAUACCGUGGAUACUGGUAGACUUGUUUGGACGUUUCAACAUUUUUUAAAGCACGAGCAAGAAAUUAAACGAAAAUGUAUAAACUGUCCAGAGUGGUUGUGGAGAUUAAGGUGGAUGCUUCGUAUGUGUAUACAAUAUAAUUCAGAAGCCUUAAUGGAUGGAGCUUAUUCAUUGGCUAUACCAUUGAGAGCUUUAGAAACUUUUACUAGUCGAGAAGAUACAGAAAAGAUCUUAAGAGAAUUUAGUUAUAAACAUCUAGAAACCAUCUUUGUAUAUUUGAUAAAGCAUAAAUACUUUGAUCAGUUAAGGAAAUUGAUAAACGAGAAAGUUCCACCUUUGUUGGAACCAACUUCUAUCCCAGCAACCCCGAUCUCAAAAUGUUUAGUGGAUAUGAUAAAGCGACCUCUGGACUUGAUUUCCUUUUUAGAUCAGAAAGAUGAUUUUUCUAUGCUUGUCUUACAGGAACUUUGUAGAAGUAUACUUUCUCCAAGAAUGUCCGAUCCCAUUCGAAUGUUUAUUAUCCCAUCAUUGUGCGAAUUCAAAGAAUUUCCAUACAUUCAAUUAAUCGAUUGUAUCAACAGAAUGAAGAUCGAGCCUACAAUAAGUUUACUUUAUUCUAUUUUAUCUCUAGAAUCGAAUCGAUUUUCAACAUGUAAAUUUAAAGAUGUUCUUAUUAACUAUUUGCAAGUUCUUGCAUCUACGAGUUCGUCAAUAGUCCCGUUAGCUACCGAAGAAAACAUGGAAGACACAGACGAUUCGGACACAGAAUCGAUUGCGAGUAUGAUCGAUAAAGACGAAGCCGAUGUUUUACAUCAGUGUUUAGAAAUGCUGAAUGAACAGCAACGCGUUCAGAAAAUACUCUUAGCGGUGGAUCGUAGCAAAGAUCCUGCCGUGUUGCAACCGUUGUGCCAACUCUGUCAUCAUUUGCUGAUUACCAACAAAUUAGCUAUUCACAAGUAUAAAUUAUUAUACAUGCUCGCUUUCAAGCCGAUGUUUUUGAAGAAUCUAUGGAGUGCUCUGCUCUCAGUUUGUCAAGUGUCGUUAUUUGGUGAAGCGACGCCUCUGCUGCAGAUUAUAUCGCAGGGACUUACACUUUCGAACGAGGAUACAAAAAAAAUAAUUCCGCUAUUGCCCGUUUUUUGUUCGCUGUUCAGUUUACUUAUCGCAACGUUACACGAUACGGAAUUCUUCAUUGAAAAUCAACAGGCAUUGGAUAGUAAUGAACAACAGGCGAUGCCGUUCACGAUUUCGGAAUUGGUAGUGCUUUCGAGUCAUUUGAAAGGCGUCUGUUUGGGCUUGGUCGAGCUUGCAUUCCCCGAUAGCCGACCUACUAUGAGAGAUAAUUACAAAACUGCUAUUCUUGGUCCGUCGUGCACUAUUCAGAGUCAACAGGAUACGCAAAUGUGGACGCAUUUGUUCAAAGUAACAGUUGGUUUGCUACGACAGUUGCAUACCCGUGACUUAAGACAACAAUUCUGUCCAGAGGGGCACUGGAUCGCGUCGAACAUUGCAAUACCUUUAGAUAGACCUCAAGAUUUCACGUUUCGCAGAAGUAGACUCAGAGGGUACGUGCUAUUCCAAGGGUUUCGUGUGUUCACGCGCGAAGAGCUAGAGAAGGGACCACCGUUGUCCUCGAAGGAAGUUCGAACAUUGACGGUCCUUCGCGAGAUACCAUUCGUUGUGCCGUUUAGUGAUCGAGUAGUGGUAUUUCAAUCGUUGAUUUAUCGAGACAAAACAGAACAGCAAGGUGACGUAACAAACUUCAUGCAAGGACCGUCGAUAAAGUUAUCGGUAAGAAGAAACUACUUGUACGAGGAUGCGUUCCAAAAGUUAUCGCCAAAGAAAGAAUCCGAAUUACGAUUAAAAAUGCGCGUGCAAUUCGUUAAUUCAGCUGGGGUGGGAGAGCCUGGUAUAGACGGUGGCGGUCUGUUUAGAGAAUUUUUGUCGGAACUGUUAAAAACAAGCGUCGACCCUAACAGAGGCUUUUUCAGACUUACUAAGGAUAACAUGCUGUAUCCGAAUCCGACGGUACACUUGCUGGUCGAAGAUUUCCCGGAACAUUAUUACUUUAUUGGUAGAAUUCUUGGAAAAGCUUUGUACGAGAAUUUGUUGGUCGAACUACCGUUCGCGGAAUUCUUCCUAUCGAAAAUUGUUGGCCGCCAAUCUGACGUUGACGUUCAUCAUUUAGCCUCCUUAGAUCCAAUUAUGUAUAGGAACCUCUUAUAUCUGAAAAGUUACAAAGGCGACGUUGCCGAUCUUGGCUUAGAUUUCACCAUAUUGUCGGACGAGUUAGGCGAACGACGUGUCGAUGAAUUGAAACCGAGCGGUGCCAAUAUCCCUGUUACAAAUCACAAUCGUAUCGAAUAUAUCCACCUGAUGGCCGAUUAUAAGCUGAACAAGCAAAUCAGAGCACAGUGUUACGCAUUCAAGCGUGGCAUUGGUAACGUGAUACCCUUAGAUUGGCUUCAAAUGUUCAGUAACAAAGAACUGCAGGUAUUGAUAUCGGGUGCACAGAUUCCCGUCGACGUAAACGACUUGAAAAUGCAUACCAACUACACGGGAGGCUAUACCCGUGAUCAUCCAACGAUCAUUGCUUUCUGGAAGGUCGUUAAUGAAUUUAACGACCAGCAAAGAAGACAAUUGCUCAAGUUCGUCACCAGUUGUAGUCAACCCCCGUUACUUGGAUUCAAGGAACUCGAGCCACCUUUUUGCAUUCAACAAGCUGGCAGUGUAGACCACCUGCCAACUUCUAGUACCUGUAUGAAUCUACUGAAACUUCCCAAGUUUCCGAAUGAGAAAAUUCUACGCGAAAAACUUUUAUAUGCGAUACAAGCUAGUGCAGGCUUCGAACUGAGUUAAGCCCGAUUUUCUCUGACACUUAAGUGAACCCUUCUAGUUAAAUCGGUGAUACCUGACUGUAUAUAACAUUGCAAACGUAAUCAAGAUUUAAGUGCGUGUUUGAGAGGAAGAAAUACGAACGUAAAUGCUGUCAUAUUUUAAUAAUCGAUAAGUGAUACGAUUCGGUGUUUACCAAGUGCUCCGCAUGUACAAUGUUCGUUUAGUAACAAUGAUAAAUGGAUUUCAGUUUGAACCGAUGUUUCGCCCGCCGAUAGGUCGAUAUUAGUACAUACUCGUAACGGGGCAUAACAGUUUUACGAAAUCUCCAUCGAACGUGGCAAUAAACAUGUAAUAUUGUCAGGAGGGGCCAAUUAAUUAGGUAGCAUCUCGAGAAAACUACUACCGGUACAGAGAACAAAAUGUAUUAUUUGUAAGAAUAUGUCCGUUGUUCUGUUCGUAUAUAUAUAUAUGCGAACUUACACACGUCAUACUAUAUACAUAUAUACACAAAACCAUAUUUUUUUUGUUGUAAUUUUCUGCCCUUGGUCUACAAUUGUAAAUUGUGUAUAUUUUUAUGUUUUGUAUUCGUCACAACGUAGACGCUACAUCUACUUUUAGUGUACAUGAAAGAGUAGGAUAUAUGUAUUUAUGAAUUCGUUAAGACGGUGUGUAAAUAAAAUG